AUUACUUUUCCAUCAAUGGUCCAGUUUCAGAGUCUAUAUAUAUCAAAUUGUGACAAGAGCGUCUCACAUUCUCACAUUAUGGAAGGAACUUCUCGAGCUCUUUCUAAUACCAUAAGAUUCGUUGGUCUACUUGGUAGUCAUGCUCUUGGUAGCAAUCCAAGGUUCAUGGCUACAGCGGUUGACCUAGGACGGGAAUUGGUAAGGCGAAAAAUCAGGCUUACCUACGAAGGAGGUAAUGUUGGCCUUCAAGGAGCUGUAGCUUCAACAGUCUAUAAUAAUGGUGGUAGAGUUAGAGGUUUCAUACCAAGGUAUAUAGCAACACGAGGGGUCUAUGGACCAACAUAUGGUGCGGAGUACACCGUCUCCAGCAAUUACUAUAAGUAUUUCGAGAUGAAUCAUAUUGUGGAAGCCUUCAUUGUACUUCCUGGAGGGAUUGACACUAUCGAAGGUUUGUUCACCUUAAUCUCAUGGACAUCUGAAGGGUUGUACAGCAGACCUAUUGGUCUCUUAAACAUUGACAGUUAUUUCAAUAACCUAAUCAAGUUUCUAGAUGAUGCGGUGAGGCAAAACUUCAUGGCCUCCAACCAGAGGAAACUUUUCAUUUCCUCUUUCUUUGUUGAUGAGCUUUUGGACAAGCUAGAGUUUGCUAAGGCUUUCCCAGGUCCUGGUGCUAGUUAUGAAGAGUUUGCAAAUCCUGGAAGAGAUGUCGUGGAGGAUGCGGAUGCAGGACUUUGAAAAUACUCACUCAAUGAUCCGAAAAUCGUUUUGCUCUGAUACCAAAAUGUAACACCCCAAUCCGUAUAACCCGGAAUUACACGAAUUAAGGUGAAACGAGGGUAAAUUAAAAAUUUCGCUUGACAUUUGAAAAUGACAAUUACUUAUAAAUAUCAAAUUUACAGACUCUGGAUCGCGACCCAUUUAAAAAUAUUUUCAGAGUAAUACGAAAAUACAAUAAUAAUCAAAUCAUGACACAUUUUAAAAUCUGAUGAUCAACAUUUGUCUGCCAUCCUUGCAUCUCCUCUGACUCAAUGCCCUCCGGGAGUGGUUCCAUCAUUGUCUUCUUGUUACCUACGUGUAGUCAACGAAAAAUACAAACUACACGCUCAGCGAAACCGCUGAGUGGUACCACACUAGAACUGUAGAAUGAU